ACUGAGUUCAUGCACCUGUUCAUCCAGGUGAAUAUCGCCAAAGAUAACAACUUCUUCCUUGAAAGGAUUACGAGAUAAUACUUUUGUGAAAUAUUUCUAGUCGUUGGAAUAUACGUGUUGGCGGAAUUGAUACGAGAAUGGAGCCGAAAAAGAAAAACGCGAUGGCUGUGACUUUGGUUUUAGGAAUUUUGGGUGUUUCCCUUCUCAUCGCUUCAUUUGCGACCGACAACUGGGUGACAUCGUCACCGGUACUUAAGCGAUCCACUCAAACUCCUGGAAAUGAUACUGAUGGAAGUGCUACAAAGUACACAGGCAAUAUCACAUUCGGACUUUUUCGUGGACACCGUGUCCUGGAUUACGGAAUUGGCCCGAGGCCUCAGGAUAUAAAUGUUGUGUGUAGUGGGUCAGAUGGGGUGUGCGCCUGGUCAAACAGUUCUGACUCAGCGAAGCGAGCAGAUUAUAUCAAGCGUGUUGUCAAAUUUGUCAACAUCAACAAGACUAAUGGCACUGUGAAGGAUCUCAUCGAAUAUGGUUUAUUUAACUUUGGUCUGUGGGUGUCCACCAUCGUUAUGCUUGCCUUGGGCAUAGUCUGGGGUUUGGUAUCCCUCGGCUUCACCGCUUUCAACGUUGUCGGCAAACCCAUCGAGACCAUCACCGGCCCAGCAGGACUGUAUCUUUGGAAUGGACUGGCAUGCACCUUCUCAUUACUAGGGGCACUUCUCUUCGUCGGUUUGUUCACCAAAGAUUUGUCCUCUAAUGUGUUACCUAAAGAUGAUGUGGAAGUUGGCUGGGUUUCGAAAGACCGCACAAGUUUGGACUACUCGUUCUAUUUUGUGGUCGGAGCAGUCUUGUCCUUCAUUGCCAGUAACGUCAUCCUGUUGGUGUCCGGCCAGAAGUUGUCCUGCAGCUACAAACGGGCGGGGGAGAAGGAGCUGGACAAUGGCAUGAUCCUCUACUAAUUGUAUUCAUCUACAGCAGGACUCACAGCAUGGCAGUGGUCAGUCAAGUGGGACUAAAGCUACCUAGUGUGACUCCUGGACCCAAGUGUGACUCCUGGACCCUAGUGUGACUCCUGGGACCUAGUGUGACUGGAGGGACCUAGUGUGACUCCUCAAACCUAGUGUGACUCCUGGAACCUAGUGUGACUCCUGGGACCAAGUGUGACACCUGGAACCUAGUGUGACUCCUGGAACCUAGUGUGACUCCUGGGACCUAGUGUGACUCCUGGAACCUAGUGUGACUCCUGGGACCUAGUGUGACUCCUGGAACCUAGUGUGACUCCUGGAACCUAGUGUGACUCCUGGAACCUAGUGUGACUCCUGGAACCUAGUGUGACUGGAGGGACCUAGUGUGUCUCCUGGAACCUAGUGUGACUCCUGGAACCUAGUGUGACUCCUGGGACCUAGUGUGACUCCUGGAACCUAGUGUGACACCUGGGACCUAGUGUGACUCCUGGGACCUAGUGUGACUCCUGGAACCUAGUGUGACUCCUGGAACCUAGUGUGACUCCUGGAACCUAGUGUGACACCUGGGACCUAGUGUGACUCCUGGGACCUAGUGUGACUCCUGGAACCUAGUGUGACUCCUGGAACCUAGUGUGACUCCUGGAACCUAGUGUGACUCCUGGGACCUAGUGUGACACCUGGAACCUAGUGUGACUUCUGGAACCUAGUGUGACUCCUGGGACCUAGUGUGACUCCUGGGACCUAGUGUGACACCUGGGACCUAGUGUGACUCCUGGAACCUAGUGUGACUGGAGGGACCUAGUGUGACUCCUGGGACCUAGUGUGACUCCUGGGACCUAGUGUGACACCUGGGACCUAGUGUGACUCCUGGGACCUAGUGUGACUCCUGGAACCUAGUGUGACUCCUGGGAUCUAGUGUGACUCCUGGGACCUAGUGUGACACCUGGGACCUAGUGUGACUCCUGGAACCUAGUGUGACUCCUGGGACCUAGUGUGACUCCUGGAACCUAGUGUGACUCCUGGAACCUAGUGUGACUCGAGGAACCUAGUGUGUCUCCUGGAACCUAGUGUGACUGGAGGGACCUAGUGUGACUCCCGGAACCUAGUGUGACUCCUGGAACCUAGUGUGACUCGAGGAACCUAGUGUGUCUCCUGGAACCUAGUGUGACUCCUGGGACUUAGUGUGACUCCUGGAACCUAGUGUGACUCCUGGAACCUAGUGUGACUGGAGGGACCUAGUGUGUCUCCUGGGACCUAGUGUGACUCCUGGAACCUAGUGUGACUGGAGGGACCUAGUGUGACUGCUGGAACCUAGUGUGACUGGAGGGACCUAGUGUGACUCCUGGAACCUAGUGUGACUCCUGGAACCUAGUGUGACUGGAGGGACCUAGUGUGACUCCUGGAACCUAGUGUGACUGGAGGGACCUAGUGU